GUUGUAGUAAUUAGCUUAAUUAGCAGUCAACACUUAAAGCUAAGGAACCACAGGUUAAAAGCCUUUCACCUGCUCCUUGCGUCAACUUUUUCACAGUUAGUUCCCUUUGUCACCACAAAGGAAUUUAGCCCUGGUAGCAAUCUGUUUACUAAAGAGGUAAAAUGAGUUGCUUUGAUGACCAGAGGCUGGGAGCGAAAGCUUCCAAUGAGCCAACCGACACAGUCCUGCAGAAUGUGGUCGCUUGUCUCAUCCUAGACUCCGUAGAGGAUAGGAAUAACCUUGAUGGUUAUGAAGCUACCUGCGAUGAGAUACUCCAGGAUCUAUUAUCUUACAUUGCACAGCCGUCGUGGAUGCUAAAAGCUUCCAUACAAGGCUUGCUUGGUCAAUUGGUGCUCAUCUAUCAGAGCAGAGCCCAUUGGCAACGCGCUGUCCUCCAAGCACAGCUCGCACAGCUGCAGAACACCUAUGAAGCUGAGCAGCGCAAAACGUCGUGGCUUAGACAGAGAGUCCAAGCCAGGCGUGAUGAGAUCUCUUGGUUAGAGGAGAGCCGUGAGGAUCUGUCGGCACAGCUCCGGUGUGCCGAGCAAAGAACAGCGUUCUAUUCUCCUCCUCCUUGGUCUCCUCACAGUCAGAGACGCCAUUCUUCUUCUCUGCCACCUCGGCGAGGAACCCACUUGUCUUCUUCCCAGAGAAGAGACCGUUCAUCAUCCUCUUUUCCUCCUCCCCCUCGGAGGACAGAGUACCACUCCCCUGCCAAAAGGGGGAGGGGUGUCUUGCAACAUCAGAGAAACACAGGUAGAAUCAGAGUUCCGUCCACUGCCAAACGGUACGAGCCACAAAGCUCGCCGUCCCGCUUUGAUCAGACUCCGUCCCCACUGCCAAAGGGGAGGAGCUGUCCUCAACUGAGUGACUAUGAUUCUUAUGAUGUUUCUAACGGCCACCGCCGGCUCCAAAAACAUGAUCUGAGCACCCGCCAGAUCGAACCUUGGCUGCAUGAUACUCUCCGACCCCGAAAGAGUGUCCAGUUUGACCCCACGGAAUGGGUAAGUAAACUGACACCUUCGCAUGUCCAAGAAUCACGUGAUUCUGCCCUGGACCCUGGGCCUGACCCUCCUACCACAUCCAACGGUCCAGCCGACCUGGAGGAAUCUACUUGGCGCCCCUCCCGCCUACAGUCACUUUGGUCUACUCAGAGACCACGGCUAGCAGCCUAG